AUGAUUCAUGUUACAGAAGGCCCUUUGAAUAUAGACCUGUUGCGUGAAAGCUAUCAGAACGAGUUUUUCAGCUACAUCGAUGCUCAACCUUCACCUAAGGUUAUAUAUUGGGAGAAAGAUCUGUUAGCCCAUAUGAGUUCUAAACAUGGUGUUAUAAAUUCAUUUCUUCUCCAAUCUGCUAAAGAUUCCUAUUCUCCUUCAGCGUGUAAAUCUGUAAUAUUCAUUAUAAGUCCAAAAGUUAGUAUUAUUGACUCUGUACAAUCAUUUUUAGUAAGAGAUUCACAAUCCAACCAAAGUGCUGGAAAGCAAUAUAGUAUUAUUGCUAUUCCGAGGAUUUCCCUUGCUUGUAAAAGUUUUUUAAAAGAAAAAAAGAUGACCAAUAAAUUUGCCAUGAUAUCUGAAUUUCCCCUAACAAUAGUACCUGUAGAAUGUGAUGUUCUGUCAAUGGAAGAUUCACAAUGUUUUGCUAAUUACUCCAUUUCCGAACGUCAGAUGGUGUCUAUCAAUUUGUACAAGGCCAUAGGAGUGGCCAAAAUGUUGCGGCGUAUGUCUGAUGAAGCCAAAGUUACAAAUGAACAUCAACCAUCAGUCACUGCAUUAGAUGAAAUUGAAAGCCAAACUGAAUUAUUAAUUCUUAUUGAUCGAGCUGUUGAUCCUUUAACUCCUUUGUUAAAUCAGUUAACGUAUGCGGGACUAGUUGAUGAGAAAUGGGGUAUUCGUUUUGGUAUUUGUCGACCAUGUUUUCAAUCUGAAAAUGAAUCUUCCAAAAAAUUCUUAUUAAAUUCUUCAGAUUUAGUAUAUACUGAAAUAAGAGAUCGAAAAUUUUCUGAAGUUGGUUUAAUUCUAUCAAAAAUUACUAAAGAAAUUUCUACACUUGUUACUCAAUCCAAGUCAGCCAAAGAACUAACCGAUUUACGCGUUGCCGUUAGUCGGAUUCCCGAAAUUCGCUCAAAACAAUCACAGCUGGAGAUACAUACUUCACUCGCAGAAGAAAUACAAAAAUAUGUGAGCACUGAUGAUUUCUUAUCAAUUUUAAGAGCUCAGCAGGAUUUUAUUAAUGGCUACGAAACAGAUAAAGCACAUCCUUUCAUUGAAGAAUGUAUUUUGAGAGGUGCACCUAUUGAAGAGGUUCUUCGUCUAAUUUGCAUUCAAUCAUUUUGUAAUGGAGGCUUAAAGCAACGACUUUUAGACUAUUAUAAAAAUGAAAUAAUACAAGUCUACGGUUUUGAGCAUAUUUUCACACUGGAUAAUUUGGAGCGUGUAGGUUUGCUUUAUGAAUCUCCUAAUAGUCUAAUGAGUAGUAUACAAACAUCAAGUUUCACACCCCAAGAAAAAAUCAAUUCAAGAAAUAAUAGCCUGUCAUCGUCAAAGUUGUCAGCGAACCUAAAACAAACAAUUAUUAACAUAAGUAGUAGUUAUAAUUCAGUACUAAAAGGAAACCUACGCCUUGUUGUACCGCCUAAUUCCAAUUCAGUGAAUGACUCUGAGCAAGCAGCAUCUAGUUUGUUUUCCGGUUAUAUCCCUAUAUCUAUUCGUCUUAUUCAAAUAUGGACAAACGAUUGGUAUCCUAAACCUAAUCUAUCAUUAACAAGUAGAGGUAUAACAGAUCAAACUACGUUCACCGGUGGCGGUUCGGGGGCUUUUUUACUGUCUAAGGCUACACGUAUAGUUUCAGGCCUUAGAUCUUCAGAGAGUUUGGAAAUGUCUCGUGCAACAUUAACACCGACGGCAGAGAAAACUAAUGGUUUUCUUCCGAACAAUUCGUUAACUGCAACUUCUAAUCGUACAACAUCUUCACUGACUAACUUAAUAUGUGCUCCAGAAUUUAAAGUACAACUACCAGUUAGAGAUGAUUUACCUUUCACGUCCAAAAACGGUUGUUUAAAUAUGAAAAAUCAUCCGAAUAAACCGCGUAUUGUAGUCGUUGGUUUUGUUGGCGGUGUGAGUCAUGCAGAAAUAUCAGCUUUAAGAACUAUAGCUGCUAGUGAAGAUGCAAAUGUUGAAUUUGUUAUUAUUACAACAGGAUUUAUAACAGCACAAUCGUUUAUUGGUUCUCUUUGUCAACCGGUUAAAUCAACUAAUCUGAUUCCAUUUUGA